ACAAGCAAGUGGGCGGCGACGCAGGCACUCGCGGCUUGCUAGAGCGCGCUGCGCGGUGGCGGCCCCUCGCUCCCCCGCCGCCGCCUUCGUAGGCUCUCGGGGGGACACAGCGGCAGCCAGCCGCCCUCUCCGGCCGAGUGCCGGGACACAGACAAGAGCGCGGCGGGCGCGCUCCCGAGCAGGGCCAGCCGAGCCAAGGAAGUUGUGUCUCCGCGCUGAGCCAUGGACAGUGACGAGGAGACGUUGGAAGAGACCGUCGAGGGUGCACUCGAUGAUGAUGGGAUGCCGCAUGGGUUCUGUACGGUCACAUACUCCUCCACAGACAGAUUUGAGGGAAACUUUGUGCAUGGAGAGAAGAAUGGCCGUGGAAAGUUCUUCUUCUUUGAUGGAAGCACAUUAGAAGGCUAUUAUGUGGAUGAUGCUCUGCAAGGCCAGGGUGUAUAUACUUAUGAAGAUGGAGGAGCUCUUCAUGGCACUUAUGUAGAUGGAGAACUAAAUGGGCCAGCCCAAGAAUAUGAUGCUGAUGGGCGACUGAUAUUCAAAGGGCAAUACAAAGAUAAUAUUCAGUGUGGCAUUUGUUGGAUAUACUACCCUGAUGGUGGACAUCUGGUUGGAGAAGUUAAUGAAGAGGGAGAGAUGACCGGUGAGAAGAUAGCCUAUGUGUACCCUGAUGGGAAGAUGGCCUAUUAUGGACACUUCAUAGAUGGUGAAAUGUUGGAAGCAAAGCUGGCAACCCUUGUAUCCGUAGAAGAGGGGAAGCCACAAUUUGAAGUGCUGCCAGGCAGCCCAGUAUACAGUUUUGAUAAAUCUACUUCAUCUUGCAUUUCUACAAAUGCACUUCUUCCUGAUCCUUAUGAAUCGGAGAGGGUAUAUGUAGAUGCAUCUCUCAUUUCCAGCGCAGGAGAAGGGUUGUUUACUAAAGUAUCUGCUGAGGCUGGCACAGUUAUGUCCUUUUACAAUGGUGUACGAAUUACACACCAGGAGGUGGAUGGCAGGGACUGGGCUCUGAAUGGAAACACAAUAUCCCUUGAUGAUGAAACAGUCAUAGAUGUACCGGAACCCUACAACCACGCAGCCAAAUACUGUGCCUCAUUGGGGCACAAGGCAAAUCAUUCUUUCACACCAAAUAGUGUUUAUGACACGUUUGUUCAUCCUCGUUUUGGGUUGAUUAAAUGUAUCCGCACUAUUAGGGCUGUUGAGAAGGAUGAAGAAUUAACAGUGGCUUAUGGAUACGACCACAAUCCCAUUGGACAAAAUGGGCCGGAAGCUCCAGGCUGGUAUCAGGUGGAACUGAAAGCCUUCCAGGCUACUCAGAAGAAGUGAGAAACGUACAGUUUCCCUCCUCACAAUGGAUCUAUGCACUACCCUUGAUACCGAUACUGAAAACCGGGACAGCCAGGGAUUUGUCUAUGGCUGUCUUGCAACCCUUCACUCCGUGCCAGAGAGGGUUUAUUUUCCAUAAUAACAAGUUUUAACCUUUAAGUUCAAGCAAUUUAAAAAAACUUAGCUAGUGUAGUAAAAAAAACAAACCUAUUCAAUAUGCCAUACAAAGCAGUGUGAUUAUUUGGCAACCAUUCUGUGUCAUAUGCAAAGUUGCCUAAUUCUAGGGGGGGGGGAUAGGGUGUUUGGAGUCCGCCCUCCCCCCCAAAAAAAAGACCUAGUUGUUAUUGUGCAACUGCAUUUUGUACACAUGCCAUUUUGUGAUGGUAAUAGAACUGUGCUGUUUUUAAUAUUCUAGAAAAGGAGCAUAAUUUUUGCUCUCAAAAAACCUUUGAGAAUAUUGCUUUAGAACAAUUUCUAUCUUUGGUGCACAGAAGGCUAUCCUUUGUAGAUUCCCUCUCUCUUAACACUGUCAUUUCAAAAGACAAACACUUUUAGGAGACUGCACAGAGGUUUAAACAGCAAUGUAGGUUUUUAUGGCUCUGCGGAGAAACUGUUUUUAGAAAUGUGCCUAUGAAAACCAGAGCUAGUGUGAUUUUAAUUAUGAUGUUCACACCUGGGUAAUUUCUAGAUGACUUUUUUAAAUAUAAAGUUGAAAUGUGAAAGAGUAAUUUAUAAAGAUAUGUUGAUGAUUAUAAUCAGCAUGAAAAUAAGUGAAUCAAGGUUGUAACAUGAGUUUUUUUUUUGCUUGCUAAACUUUUUCCCUUUUCUUUUUCACCCCCUUUCCUGUCUCUAAAUGGUUAGGUGAGAAUCCAUCAGGGUAAAUUUAUUUUGAUACAUAGGUAAACAAACAACUUGAAGAAAAAAAUGAGUAAUUUAAAGGUUAAUAGCAAAAACCCCAAUUUCUGCUGUAGAACAUGUCGUGUCAAAUAGCUUUUUGGAAAUUAUAAAAUAAAUACAUUUUAUAAUUCUUAACUAGCAUUUAACUGUGAUCGGUGAAACAAUAUUAUAAUGGAAGUAAAGAGCUUUCAAGGCUCUGCAGGUCACUUGCAAUACUGACACUUACCUUCUAAAACAGAUUUAUCAGUAUCUGCAGUGUUAAUGGAUCACUUGCUUAAAAAUGCUUGUACUAGAAAAAUGUGCACAUACUCCUAUGGGGGGAAAUGUCUCUCAGGCUGCAGUCUUGUGACUAUUUGUCUGGGAGUAAGCCUUGUUGUACUCAGUGCGGCUUACUUUUGAGUAGACAUGUAUUGGAUUACACUUUUAGUUUCUCCUAUGGGAAAAUUUCCUUGUGUACGUUUGUUACCUGCACACUGAACAUCUGCUUAUAGAGAGAGGGAAAAAGAACGGGAAGCACCAAAUACAAGAGAAGAAAAGGCAAGCCUCAAAAUUGCAAUGAAAUGUAUAAAAUAAAAUAGUAAAUUGCACAUUGGUAGAAACCUUUCUCAGAGGGUCUAGUAAGUUUUUCCUUACUGAACUAAACAAGGAUGGUUUCCUCCAAAAUGUAUUGGGCAAUUUACUAAGUUUGACUGUUUUUUAGAUUUGUUUUCUAAAUGAAUAAAUCAAAAGCAGUUUAUGUGAUUUCAUAGCAAAAGAGCAAAGAAUAGAAGCUUUGGUGGCACUCCCAACGUUUUACUCUAUAGAUAGAAUGUAUUUUUUAGCUCACUCAAUUAUAGCAAAUAGCUAACACAGAUGAGAUUUGAUUGACUCAGCUGGGCUUUUUGAGGCUGAACCGAUCCUUACUUAUAGAAGUGAACUGAAAAAAGGCUGAAAUGUUAGAAUGCUGCUUCUACAAAUUGGUGCAAACAGAAGAGGAAAAGUCUGUUUUGCAAAUGCACAAGCACUUAAGCACAACACCAAUUGCUGUUAGUAGAUAAAUACUGUUCAAGUUGAUAGACCACUAUUUGGGUAUUGUUUCAGUGAAAUUACUCCAUCUGAGAGGAGGCGUGGUCUCCUUGUAAUAUCCUUCCUGAGUUUGCCUGCAUCGAGUUUCUUUUGAAAUACUACUUUGAGAGAGCCCCAUUGAGCUCACUUGCUUCUGAAUAAACAUGCUUAGGAGCACAGUGGAUAUCUAAUAUAACCAAUGUUGUCUGUUAAGAUGCAGAAAUGCUAGAAAUAUUCCUCCUGGAUAUUCUUACUGAUUUACUAUUCUAGUAGUGAAGAAAUGUUUUCUGUUAUGUGCUCCUGAACUCUGCAUGACUAUAAUGCACUCUGUGGUCUAUUAAGAUAGGGAUGUGUCCUGGCUAAUAAUCUUUCCUCAUUUUCACUUCAUGAUUUUUGGUAUUGCUUGUGAUUUUAAUUUUAAUUCUUCUUCAGAAGCAGUUUGCUGUUCAUGCAAAGUGCUAACACUUAAGCCGAGCACUUUCUUCCUGGUAAAGAGAGAGUUCCUUUCUAGGAGAUGUGGAUAUUGAGCUAGAACAGCCUUCCCCAGCCCUGUGCGCUUCAGAUGGUUUUGAUUGCAACUCCCAUCAUUUCUGACCAUUAGCCAAACUGGCUGGGGCUGAAGGGAGUUGUGGUCCAGCAACAUCUGAGGUUACCAGUUUGUUGAAAGCUCUGCUAAAGAAUCUGCAUGGUCUCUUAAGGUCAGGGAUGGGGAUAAUUCUGGAAAGCUCCAUUUGGUUCACAUUUCAUUUUGAAAAGCAGCAACAAAGUUGUGAAAAGCGUUAGAGUACCUUGGAAAACUCUGCUGAUACUUGUUGAAGCAAUGUGACUCUGUAGACAUAAACCACAUUUGACUAAUACUCAUCAUUGCAUUUAAAAAACCUUAUAGGGAAGUAAAUUCUGCAGGUGGCAGGUGCCUUGCCUGUUUUGAGACAAAGGAAAUAUUGGCUGAUAGCCAAGCUGAAACUGCUCUGCGGCAAGUUGAACCCAACAUAUUUUUAUGUGAAAUUGUUAUUUUUCUGCUUUAUGGCAGCCUUUUGGAUACUUGACAACUGUUGUUGAGCUUCUUCCUCCACUAGCUUUAACCUUUUGUCUUAAUGCAAGGCAAGUCAUACAUUGAUACAUACAUAUGAUAAUCCUAUUCAGAGAGGUCUUGCCCUUUCUUUGGUUUCUGCGCAGUCUGACUUUGCAUUCAGAAAAAUUAAUGUUACUUCUAGAGAAAACCCACCCCACAAAACGCAUGAUUUGACAAUAUUGGCAAUAAUAGCACUUAGAUAAAGGACAAAAGAAAGGACAAAAAUAAUUAUUUGAAUUAAUGCUUGCCUUUUUAAAUUUGAAGAGCAAGACAAGACAAGUGUUUACUCUCUGGCACUUCAUGUGGCUUGGAUUCUGACUCUGUUGUAUUGGAAUCGGCACAACACUUUUCCAAAACAGGACACACUGAAGUUGUUUGUUUUGCUGAUCUUCCUAUAAUUGUGGUAACUUUCUAAUAAGAAUUGCUUUGCUGUCUCAUCCAACAUUGUGUUCUCUUAACAGUGGCCAAACUUGAUGAUAGUGCUGUUUGUUGGAGGUGUAAAGUUUGAUGGUAUUUGUCAAUAUCAAAUCACAAAAAAUAGAUUCUUGCACAUAUACUGACUUGUACUUGCAAUAACUGUUGAAAAAAUGGUAGCAGCCAUUUUUAUCUUCAUUGUUUGUGCUUUGCAGUAAAUGGAGCAAGGAGCAGGGGGGGAGAUGGCUAGUUUAUCAUUUUUCAGACCUCCUGCCCUCAAAGAAUCCUGCCUUGUGCCUUUGCCAAUCACAAUGGUGAGGCUGCUGCUGCACAGGAGAAAAAUGUAGCCAGCAAAGUGCAUGUGUGUUUGUUUGUUUCCAGGUGGACUGUUUUUGUGAAUGCAGCAAAUUGCAAAAAGGUAGCACAGAAUGUCCAGGGUUGUGGAUAGGGAGGGGCAUCUGUUAGACCCCUGCAAUGAAUAACUUUUUUAAAAGAGAGAGAGAAAAAUAUCAACUAUUGUCUUGUAAGUGCAUCAUAUUCUAUCAACCUUAUGAAUUAGGGGGUGGGAAGUUAGUCUACAGAAGCAAAGCUGAGAAAAUAUGCUAGAACUAGGUUUGGAAAAUCAAGUCCAAGGCAACUUACUGGGUUUCAAUAUAAAACACAAUCAUCUUCUUCUGGCCUGCAGACUUUUCUCCUGCAAGUGAUCAGAAAUUGUGUAUGUAAUAUGUACAGGGAGCUACCUGCAUGUUGAGGAAAGUCAGUUCAAAGUGAGUGGGCAUAGAAUUAAUCAAAAUAUUGUGAUGCUUCACAUGAACAAAGUUAAACAUGGUAAUUUUUCUCAGUCACUUGAUAACUUAUAUCCUUAUGUGUGAUUGAGGGUAGCAGCUGCUAUAGGUUAUUUGAUUGUUUUUCACAUAUUGAUUGGGGGAAGAGAGCACUUGAGUGGAGUCGACUGUGCUCUACAGACUCUGACUUGAUAUUUCCUGUGACUUCUACCAAGAAAUUUCUAUGCACACCAUCUACAGUACUGCAUUCAGAAGAUUUUGCCUAGAUGGUUCCUACUGCUCCUAAUGGAAUAGUGUGUGUAUCUGUUUUAGGAUCUUAAGAGUACAGUAUAUUUUGUUAGCCAUAAAAAGUCCUGUAGCAAGCAGCAGUAAUCGUUUUUUUAAGGCUGCUGUUGUCUGUUCUAAACAUAUUAUUAACGCACUGUAUACAAGAUGGAAACAUCAUCUUUGCUUCCCAAUAACCAUGGUUAUCUUCUGCUUUUGUCUCCUGACACAGAGGUUUCUGAACUUAAUCUAGUUUAGAAGUAUUCUAAGGGCCUUCUCGGUGGUGGCGCCUGCCCUGUAGAACGCCUUCCCAACAGAUGUCAGAAAGGAAAACAACUACCAGACUUUUAGAAGACAUCUGAAGGCAGCCCUGUUCAGGGAGGCUUUUAAUGUUUAAUAGACUACUGUGUUCUAUUUUUCUGUUGGAAACCGCCCAGAGUGGCUGGGGAGACCCAGCCAGAUGGGCGGGGUAUAAAUAAUAAAAUAUUAUUAUUAUUAUUAUUAUUAUUAUUAUUAUUUUAUUAUUAUUAUUCUGAACUGGCAGUGAACUAACCAGGAACAAGACUUUGGGGUCAAAGCAGAUAGCUCAGUAAAAGUAGUGAUCCAGUGGACAGCAGCUGCGGGGGGAAAGUGAGUUCCAUGGUAGGGAUAAUAAGAGAAAGGAUUUAAAAUAAAUCUGCUAAUAUCAUAAUGUUGUUCUACAUAUUUAUGGUGUGAACACACUUGGAAUACCAUGUAAAUUUCUGGCUGUGUUGCCUCAAGAGGAACACUGAAGAGCUGGAAGAGGUUUCAAAAAAGGGAACCUCCCCCUGUGAGGAAAGAUUACACCCUUUGGGGCUUUUUUUAGUUUAGAAACCAUGCCAAUAACAGGGACGAACAAAGCAGAGGUGUAUUAGAUUAUGCAUGGCUCAGAGAAAGUGGACAGGGAGUUUUUCUUUCAUGUAAUCCUAGAACCAGGAGCCAUCCAAUGAAGCUGGAACUUUGAAGAUACAAUACAGACAGGACUUCUUCUCAGAGCAUAUACCUAGUUAAACUACUAUGGAAUUGCCUCGCACAAGAUGUAGAGGCGACCAUUAACUUCUAUGGCAUUAAAAGGGGAUUAGACAAAUUCAUGAAGGAUAAGGCUAUCAAUGGCUGCUAGCCACGAUGGCUGUGUUCUGCCAUCGUGAGGAGAGUAACUGAGGAGAGUGCUGUUUCACUCAGGUCCUGCUUGUGAUCUCAAAGGCAUCUGAGUGGCCACUAUGAGAACAGGAUGCUGGAUUAGUUAUACCUUUGGUCUGAUCCAGCAGCUCUCUGUUUACGUUCUUACGUAGACAACUAGGGACUGCGGCCAGGCUUGCUUUGUUCAGCAAACCCACCUACAACCCCAUCAAACCCCCUCACCAGGGGUGUCAACUUGAAUAAAAAAUUGGGAGGCCCACGUAAGCCCUGCCCCACAUAAUCUAUCACAUGACACGGUGCACGCACACCAUUUGAAUGGCAAUGUGCAGUAAAUAAUUGAGUUGGCUCCUAUGCUUCUCACCAAAGCCCCCCACUGCUUCCCCCUAGACCUUCCCCAAAUCACAACUCGCCAAAACUCCCCAACUCACCUUGACCACUCACUCACUUGCCUCAACAACCUCCCUCCCUUGGCCGGGAGCGGGGAGGAAAGAAAGGCACUUCUUUGUCCCCUUCGCUUCUUCCAGUCUGCUGUGGGAAGCAUGAGAAAGAAGCCUGUUUGCUGCCCCCCUAGCCUUGCCACCUGCUUGCCCAUCUGCUGGUUGGUCUGCUUCCACCUCUGGUUCCCUCCUUCUCACCCUCUGAUGCAGCUGCAAUGGCGUGCUGUAGUUUGCAGUGGCCCCUGGCUAUAACCAAUCAAACUGCAGUGUGACAACAUUCUUAUAUUUUUAUUGUACGUAUAGCUAGGUACAAAGUCCAUAUUUUGUCAGCUUCCUCACUGGUCACCCCUGCUAGUACCAUAUGGCAUAUGGCAACUGUGCAAAGUGUUGAUUAUUCUGAAUAAGAUGGGAAAUUAGGCUUUAAUGGAAAUACCCAGGCAAGCUAAACUUAAUCUAUGCAUUCUUCGUUGCCUGUCAGUGAUCUGGUGAAAUCAGUCUUUGGUAAUGGAUUGAUAACUAGGUUUUCCCCUUUUACUGAUUAUAGUAUUACAUGCUUCUUUGCAACCCUUCUCCCCCUCCUCCCAAAAACUAAAAUGUGCUCAAGCCACCUGCAGUAGAGCUUUGAAAACUGGGUGUCAGUAUCACCAGGAAGGUAGAAUUGUGCAAUAAUAUUUUAAUCUUUAUGUCCAUGGUAAAUUGGCCCUAGUUGUGUUAAAAGCAAUAGUACUGUUGUUUGGAAAAGCUAACUUACUAUCUGAAGAGCAUGCUUACAUAAAUUAAAUAUUUUGAACAUUAGAAUUUCUGCAGCAUUAUAAUUUUUAAUCAAAAACCAAAAUGAGCAUAAUUUUAAAAACUGCUAUGUGGGGGGCUGGGGGGGGCUAUAAUAUGAUCUGUUUAAAAGCAAUGAAAUAUCCAAGCCAUAAAAUCAUGUGCAGGAAGAUGGGUAGUUGGGUUUGGUUUUUGUGUUUUUGUGUUGUUGUUUUAACUGUACAAGUAUAUAUAUAUCAUAGUUGUCUGCACAUUACACUAGUAACUUUAUUUUUUAAAAAAGCACAGUGUAGAAGUUUAAACAAGCAGAUGGAACACUUUAAAAUACAUUUAAAUUUAAGUAGAAUUUAUCUUACAAUAAAGGAGCCAUCAAGGUGAUAAGGAACAUAUAUAAAGCUUUUGCAUUUUUAUCAUCAAAUGUUUAUAAAGUAUAUGGACACCCGUGACUCUUAUAAACUCUGCUUCCUAUUAUUUAACAUCCAAUGUCAACAGUAAGUGAAACAAUAUUUGUUGGGGUGCCAGAAAGCAAAGAGAAGGCAAAUAAAAAGGUCAACUUCUGCAGGAUUGUAGAUAGUGUUACAGCUGGCUUCAGGUACAGUAUGCAGCCAUUUUGGAAAAUGCAUGGAUUCUAAGAUGGCAGACUUGCAAACCUUCUAGUCUUUUCUUCUGUUUUGAUCCAAAAGUUUUUGUAUUGCGUAUGAGAAGGUAUAUUGGCUUUUGAAUUUGAGGUUCAUGAGGUUCAUUUGUGAGCAAUUUUAACAUAUUUUAUUACUGGUGUUUAAUAUACUUGUUGAUUGCAUAAUCCUCCAAGGAAAAUAAUGCAAAAGACACCAAAUUAAUUUAUUCUAGAAAUUGUCAUAAGGAACAACUUAUACAGACCAGAGUUCUUCAACCUUCAGUUCUUGGAUGCUAUUGGGCAACAGCUCCCAUCAUACCCAGGCAGCUUAGCCAAUGGUCAGUGAUAUGGAAGCUGUAGACCAAAACAUCUGGGGACUCAAGUGUGAUGAAGACUUAGAUAGACCACAUUAGGAGUAAGGUGGUGAGGUUUUAUCAUACCUCAGGGAGAUGAACCAAUAAAAAGUCAUUACUGAAUAAUCAUGCAAACCCUAAAAUGAUUUCUUUUUCUUUUGCAAGCUAUUUAGAAAACUGGGAUCAAGUAUAGAAUAUGUGGAUGGUGAUAAUCACUAUUAUACACAGUAACUUAGAUAAAAUCUAACUUUUCCAGUGUUUGUAAUUUGUAUGAUUAUGACUAUUAAAAAGGUAAUUGCUCAUUUUAAUAAGCCAGCCUUCUCAGCUUGGUGCCUUUUAGUUGUUUUGGAAUAAAACUUCCCUUAAUUUCAAUUUGUUUCUAAUGUUUCUUUCUAAUAGAUACUUUUUAAUUGCUCUUCAUUAAUCACUUAGAAAUUUUAUUUGGGUAAGUGGUGUAUAAAUUUUGUUUAAAAAAUAAAUCUGCCUCAGCCAGCACGGCCAUUAUAGUGGAAAACAUUUGGGGAAGCUUGUAAUAGGCCAUUGUAUAUUUCCUUGGUGGUAUUACGUGAUUUUAGUUUGUUCUCUUGAGUUAUGUCUUACUGGAAGUCAGUCAUAUGGCUUGGAAUUUGAGAUUUUUCUGUACAAAUUCAAUGCAAUCUUUCUGCAGGAAACAUACCAUAAAUAUGUAAGUUUCAGAACAUUGUUUUAAAGGGAUUUUCGACUUUGUACUCCCUGUCUAUGAACAGGAGAUUUCUCUGGAAUAUUAGCAAUGCAAGCUGCCAUAGGGCUAAAUGUUGAAUGACAGUUUUGUGAAAGCUUCCCAGUGUUUUAUGGGUAUUCAAAUGCUGUGCAGACACCAGACUAUAGAUUCUUGUUCUUGUUAAAAUGUAUGUUCAUUCUUCCCAUAAAAGUGAGUUUUUAAUGUCAAAGUUAUGGGGUGAUAUAGAUAUUUUUGCUAACACUUCAGCAGUAGAUUCCCAUAUAUUAUGAUUGUAUAUCCUAUGUCAGGAUCCAAAUGAUGGCAGUUUGUGCUUCCAAAAAUCAUGGUGGAGUGGGGAAAAUUCUUCAAAGAAGUCUGGAGCAGAAAUAUUCAUUGAAGUAAAAACGGCAAUCUGGAAGGAGCAAGUUAAAGGAACUUGGACACAAAAGGAAGUUAAUGAGCAGCAAUCAAUUCUGGCAAACUCUCUUGAAAGUCAACACCAUACUUGCCUAAAAAAAUCCACAAUAGUUCAGCUUAACAAUUUUUUAUCUAGACAAAAGGGUCUGCUUAGCUGCAAAGGAGCAAAUUGGUGCUGAAGUUAGCAUGUUGGUCCUUCCAGUUUGUUGUGCCAAAGAACUUGCAGAAUUUGAGGACUUCCACAAAGAGGAGUUAUUUCAGCUACUUGGAAUGUAGAUUGCAUUCUACAUGUUCAGGUAAUAACUACUGUGGACGAUGGUGUUCAGGUAGCAAGAAUGCACAGCCUUGGCUUGUGGAGCAACUUGCAUAGGUGAUGAAGGAGCAGGCAAAUUCAGCAGCAACAGUUUUUUUAGCUGAGGGGCAUUAGUAGCAAAUGGUUUCAACAUUUUGCAAUAUGUACAGUGAAUGCCAAUGUAGCUGUCCUAAGCUGUAACACACUAUUAUUGAAGUCAUCGGAAGGGAUACAUGUGAUGCUCUAAGAAGAUCCCAUGCACUCGUAAGAAGUGAUUGGUGUUACAGUUGUCAGUAGAAAGAAAAUUCUUAUGAAAAAGUAGGGGCAUUAAUAAGGCAUUCGCAUAACUUUAGUACCAACAAGGUUUCAGUUUGCAGUACAGUUUGUUUUAUAACCUGGAAGUCAUUUUGACAAUGUGGAUGAGGCAGCGCUAUUUAUCCAGACGUUUACUCCAAAAUUCUUCCAUUUGGGAAGAUGUUUUAAUCGCUGCAUGCUGACCUGCUACUGAGAUGGCCUUAUUUGGAGGCAAGGACAUAGUUGCAGUCUGCGUGUUCCCUCUGCUGGUGAAUAGGGGUGAUAUUUGGAGCCUAUUAUUGGGGCUGAAGUCACAAUUUUUAGAAAUGAAACUCACGUCUCAAGCUGUUGAACUGUGGUUUGCCGGGGGGGGGGGGGGAACGCACAACGAAAACCUAUUGCAAGCAGUCCAGACUGAAAUAUGAAAACUGCAAAGGAAAUGACUGAAUUUGAUACUGUUUUCUCUCUUGUAAACACAACACCUGGUGAAUAUUUCAGAAUGUAGAAUUCUUGAACAGCACCUGCCGUAUUGCUGUGUACAGUAUGUCGUAACUAGAACUUUUCAGUGCUUCAGUGCCUUUGCUUGCCUAGUUCUGUUACAGCAGGGGGAGGAACGUUCAUGCCAACAGGCCAGGUUUGCCCUCUGAGGCCAUUUUCAAAAACCACACCCACCUGCCAACCAGUUACAGCUUUAAAUGAUUUAGGGUGCAAUCCUGCCCCGUUAGUCAGCAAUGACAGGGUUUGAUGCAGCAGUACAACCAAUGCCACCUUUAACAGCACUUGAACUGACAGAGACAAAAGGUAUGGUGGGGAGGAAGGAGAGAGGAAAAUGCCCUUUUGCUCCCGUGUUUUUGUGCUGAAGAUACCUAGACUGGGCCUGUCACCAUCAUAUGAAGGCGGCAGGGUCCACACCAGAGUCAGCAGAUCCUAUGCUGGCCCAGCCCUGCCAGAGACAUCCCAUUUGGGGGAGUUUUGUCUACUGUCAGCAGCAAUAACACUUGAGGUAGUUACUGCCUGCCAACCACUUGGGCAGGCACACUAGAGCACUCCUUACUGUCUGUGGCAAAUGUCCCCCACUGGUAGAGGCUGAUGGGGCAGGGCUAGGUGCAAGGACAGAUUGGGGGUUUGGAUUACUCUGUCAUUUUUUAAAUUUCCAUUUUAGUAAACUCAAGCCAACAGCAGUUUACGUUGUUCUUGCACAUAAUGUUAAACCAUUGUCUAUUUAACCAUGGUUUGUUAAACAGAUCAGGCUGUGUCUUGUAGAUGAGAAGUUGGCUGCUGGUGCUGAUCUUGCCUUGUGCUUUUGUGGCAAGGCAAGUGUGUGGGGUGAUGUGCCAAAACAAACCAUAAUUAAACCAGGAUAGUGGGUUUUGAUGCCAUGUAAAAUCAGUCGGCACAAGAUGAGAUUUGCUAAACCAAGAUUUCAUAUUCAGGUUUAUUGACUGGGGUGUGUUAAAGGUACAAAGUACAAUUAAGCUAAACAAAUUACAGCUUAGUGGUGUGUAUAAACUCUGCUAGUGUGUAGCUUGUUUAUAUUGAAAUAGUACACAUUACAGUACAAUAUGUAGAUCCACUUCUGUUUAUUGUUGUGCAUUUAACGUUUCCAUACUAAUACAUUGACUUCAGCUACAGAAAUUCCUAUAUAUGAUAUAUGUAUAGAUAUUUAUAUACAGAAAUGAGAGAGCUGCCAUUUUGGCAUAGCUGUCAUAUUGAAAUAUGCAUUUUCCAGAUGGAUCCACACCUGCAAUAGAACAUUAAUUUCUACAGUCCUGCAAAAGAGGACUGCCUUUUCACAGUUUUCAAUUAGGAUCUGUUUUGCUUUAUAAAAUGUGUUUCAAAAAUUAUUCUCUCUAUAUUCCUGUAUGAUGUGUGAAAUUUUUGAAUUGUAUUAUAACUAAAUGUUGUUUUCAAAAUAGCUGCUACUCACUUUAAGCUUCUUGCAAAAAGAAACACUCCUGGUUUAUUUGAAACUAUGGAUCCAGUUGUUUCUGUGUGGCCUGGUGUGGUAGCUCUUUACUCCUCAGAUGAGACCACAUUCUGUGGUGUGGUAAGAGACCUGCAUACAAGUGACAGGCAAUUCUGUACUAUUUUAACAUGUAUGCUGUACUGAGUACUUGAUGACAUAAAAUAAGUUAUUAGAACGAUGAGCCUUAUUGACAUCCAUAGAUUUUACAAAUGACUUCUAAAACUAUGGAUAACUGUAAAGAAAAGUUUACAUGAAUGAAAGUUGCACUUUCUGUGUUAUGAAUGAGGUUUUUUAUGCAUAUGAUGAAUGCAUGUUCAAGGAAGUAGGGAUAAUGUUUCUGGUGCAAAAAAUGUACUUGCUUUAAACUGCAGUUAUGAAAAUAAAGCAUUACAUGAAUGAA